AUGGUUGCAUUAAAUCGACUAAUAAUGACAUCAGACAAUACAUCGAAGAUAUCAAAUCAAUCGAUUUCUCGAAGCCCGUCACCGGUGGCCAGUAGUAUUAAUAGAAGCAACAACAGUACACCUAUGUCCAGUUGUGAAAAACCGAUUAGCUUAGAGGUGUACCGAAGAGUACCAACGCCUCCGUCUCCACAAUUAUCAUUAAUGAGUUCAUUUAACGUUGAUUUCGAUUCAGUUAACCUAGAAAAUGAUUUUCAGCUACACCUCAAUCCUCCUAGUAUACCGAAUGAUAUAAUCCGGGAAUCAAAUGUGGUAGAAAGGUUCAUGGGGUUCUUUAAAAAAAAGGAAGACGACGACCCAAAGCUAUCCAACUUGAAAUCAGUUAAGAAGAAACGUUCCCUAGGGUGUCUCAGUUUUUUUAGAAGGGAUGAUACCGAUGAAACAGUUCAGCAGCCAACAAAAUCAAUUCUAAAAUCUAAAGUCAAUAAAAACUAUGAAGCUGAACAAUCAAAAUGCAAAUGUGAAGAGUCGCUAGAUUUUGAAGAGUUUAUGGGUCGUUUUGAGUACACAGAGCAACAAAAGAAUAGCAAUGAUGAAGCAUUGUCGAUGUUACGAAUGGAACAAGUAAGGAACUAUUUUUAUCACGUACAAUAA